GAAGAUAGACACCAGGUUAGAAGCUUACGUCAGCUAGGUCCUUCCUUUAUUUUGUCGCAUCUUUAAAAUACUGGCAAUUUAACGAAAUAUGGGAAUAUGAACAGACGGUCGUUCGUUAACCUCAUGAAUUGGUUCUGACUGGGAAAUAAAGGUGUUUCAACAGUACGCGAAGUAAGCAAAUAAAUAUGGAUGAGCCCAGCACUAUAGAGGUGACGGUCAAGACUCUGGACUCUCAGAGCAGAAGUUAUACAGUCAGAAGUGAUCUGACAGUUAAACAGUUUAAGGAGCACAUCUCAAUUUCCGUGGGAAUUCCUGUGGAUAAACAGAGGCUGAUUUACCAGGGCAGAGUACUCCAGGAUGAGAAGACACUAACAGAAUACAAUGUGGAUGGGAAAGUCAUACAUCUGGUGGAGCGGGCGCCGCCCCAGACCACGCACACGGGAAGCGGAGUGGGGGGCGUGUCUGGGGGCGCAGGAGGUGCGGAGGGUGCCAUGCCCUCCCACUCGUCUGCCUCCGGCUCCCAGGGAGCGGCUCACAUGCCCACGCAUGACCGCAAUGGCAACAGCUACGUCAUGCUGGGCACUUUCAACCUUCCCAUGAACAUCAUGGACCCUCAGCAGAUUCAGAUGUCGGUGCAGCAGAUGAUGUCAGGCUUGGGGGAGAAUACAAGGAGUGCCAGAGUCAGCACCAGCACCGGGAGCAAUGGCUCUGUGGAUGUGCACAUCGACAUGGACCAAUCGGUGCAGAGCGAGCCCCGGCUGAGACUGAUACUGGCUGAGAACUUGUUGAGGGACACAGACGCAGUCAUCCGUAGACUGGAGGGUCAGUCUAGUGGUUCAUCACAACAGGAGUCUGCUGCCCCACCCUCCUCCUCCUCAUCCACUCCUUCACCCUCAGCUCAGCCUAUGGACACCUCCCCACCUGCACCUCCACCUCCUCCGCCUUCCUCCUCCUCCUCUUCCACCCAAACCGAGGGCCCCCCCCUCUCUGGACCCAAUCACCCCUGCCCAGCAGACCUUGUGGAGGUCCUGUCAGAGCUGAGGAGGGUGGAGGAGAGACUGCAGCCUUUCGUGCAGAGAACACACUCCAUUCUGGGCUCCGCCACCAGUGCAGACUACAACAACAACACGCAGGAGAGAGAGGAGGACCAGCGCAUUUUGAAUCUGGUGGGGGAAGCCCUCCGUCCCCUGGGCAAUGCGCUAGUCGCUCUGAGUGAUCUGCGCUGCAACCUGCUGGCCCCCCCUCCCCGUCACCUCCACGUGAUCCGGCCCAUGUCCCACUACACCUCCCCCCUCAUGAUGCCAGGUGGACUGCACCACAUCCCUAUACCGCAGAUAAACCUGGGAUCCACUGUGACCAUGACUACCAAUGGCAGACAGGCAGCUCAGGACCAGUCCCAACCUGCACAAUCAGCUGACCAAUCGGAGCAACAAGGACAGGAACAGGUCCCGCCUCCACAACCUGCCUCAGCCAAUCAGCAGCCUGGACAGGGACAUGCAGGGCCGCGCAUGAUCAGAAUCAGCCACCAGACCAUGGAGCCGGUGGUGAUGAUGCAGAUGAACCUGGAUGACUCCGGUAGUGGAUCUCCGACAUCAGGACAGCAAACUACAGCAGCUGCUGGACAGACUGGCCCCGCUCCUCCUGUUCACAUCCCAGGCCUGCCCCCGGAGUUCAUGCAGGCCAUCGUGCAACAGAUCACACAGCAGGCCGUUGCCAUGGCAACAGCCGCCUCUGCCGGGCAACAGGGCCAGCAGGCUGCUACCGACCGUGGCGCAACCGCCAACUCUGCCGCAACUACCACCACCACCCCCACCCCUACGGCCACCCCUACUGUGCCUCCCCACCCUCCCCAGGCCAGGGUGGUCAUCACCCGGCCCUCCUUCGCACCCCGGGUCCCCCAACCCAAUCUGGGGACCAGAGGGGCCACAAUUAAUCUGAGGGCAACUGUUCCCCCUUCUGCAGGGCCGCAGCCGGCACAGAUGAUCAACGCUCUUGUGGGACAGCUAUUGAUGCCAGUCCAUAUGGCGGACCACACCUCCACUCCCUCUUCGACCCAUUCCUUCUCUUUUUCCUCUUCACCCUCUUCCUCCUCGUCCUCUACCUCCACCACGUCCACCUCUCAACCGACCUCAUCGGCCAACACCUCUGGCCAAACGUCGACCGGCACCACCAGCACGGCCUCCAUGGGCGGGACAGGGGAGGCCGGCCUGGCUCAGCUCCUGGGUUCUCUGCUGGCUGGCGGGGCAGGAGGCCCGGUAGCAGGCUCAGGAGUCCCCACCUCCAUUACUGUGACCAUGCCUGGUGUGCCUGUCUUCAUUCAGGGCGUGACAGACUUCAUCCAGGCGACCCAGCCGGCCUUCUCACCAUCUCCCACUGGACAACAGCCCCCCUCAGCCUCCACUACCCCCACCCCUCCUCCUACUACCACACCCACUCCUACCCCCACCUCCACCCCCAACUCUGUGUCCGGUGCAGGCAUAGGGGGCCCGGGGGGCCCUGGAGAGUCCCUCAGCCCGGAGCUCUUCACUGGCAUCGUCCAGGGGGUGCUGUCCACCAUGAUGGGCUCGCUGGGGGGCCCCCAAAAUAACGCUGAGAGCAUCGCCCAGUUUAUCCAGAGGCUGUCCCAGACAAGUAACAUAUUCACACCUGGCACUGGUGACGCCAUAGGGUUCUUCGGUGACCUGCUCGCCCUGGUGUGCCAGAGCUUCUCCAUGCUGGACCUGGUGCUGCUGCUUCACGGCCAGCACCAGCCCCUGAGCCGCAUUCAGCCCCAGCUGACCCAGUUCUUCACUGAGCACUAUCUACACGGGAGGGAGGCCACCGAGGCCAACAUCGCUGCAGGAGCUGAAGAGCUGAUUAACGGGCUGGAGGAAUACAUCACGGACAGCUUCUCCACUGUUACAGUCUUGGAAGGUGUAGAUGUCACACAGACUAACAUGUCCUUCUUCAGACAGCAGUUUACACGCAUUGCAACACACAUUCUGCUCUGCACAGACCACACCUUUGGCCCUCGUUUGCUGCAUAUGUGCAAUCAGGCUCUGUUUGAAUGCCUUGCCCUCAACCUCUACUGCCUGGGAGGGGAGCAGACUGCCCUCACGGCCGUCAUAAACCAUCGCAUUAGGAGGAUGUCUGCGGAGGUGAACCCCAGCCUGGUGAACUGGCUGACCAGCAUGAUGUCAAUGAGACUACAGGUCAUACUCGAGCACAUCCCGGUUACAGAAGACCAGGUCCUGCAUUAUGUGGUGCACACUCAGGGAGAGGCCACAGACAUGGAGGAGUCGGACUUGCAGUGCAUUCCGGAGUUUGAGAGCCACAACGUGGAGACGGACAGAACUCUCUCUCCUGCCCCUGCCACCACGGCUGAGGAGGCCAUGGUGCCAUCACGGGAAGUGGGGGCCGUGGGGUUGUCACCUCAAGACCCAGGAGCUGUGGGAGGGGCUUCACUACGGGAGACAAGAGAAGGUGGGGCCAUGGCUGCAGCAGGCCGGAGGGAGGAGUCGGGGGGAGAGACGGAGCCCUGGGCCGCAGCUGUUCCUCCUGAGUGGGUUCCCAUUAUCAGAAAUGAUCUGAUUUCUCAGAGGAAGAUUAAGGCUCAACCCCCUCUGUCUGAUGCUUACUUGCAUGGGAUGCCAGCAAAACGCAGGAAGACAGCACAAGGUGAAGGACCCCACCUCACUCUCUCAGAGGCUGUGAGUCGGGCAGCAAAGUCAGCUGGAGUCAGGCCUGUCACUGCCCCAGGAAGCCUGCAGGCGGAGCUAGAGAGCGAUGAGCUGCAGGAGGCGUAUGCAGACCAGGUGAGGAGUGAUAUUAAGAAGCGUGUGAGGGAGGAUCCGGAAUUUGACACUGAGCGAUUCCCUAACACUCAGAGGGCCUUUUCCUUGGACUCAAACCAAUGAGGAGCCCAGACCUACCCUCUUUAUUUCUGACCCUCUAACCAUCCAGAUCCCAUCUUACAACCACCACUGUUUCCGGCUGGGCUGUCACUGAGAAAACCAGCCAUUUUUGUAAAAACGAUCCAUUGCUUAAAGGACAGCAAAUAGACUUGCCCUGUAUCAACUUGACACGUGAGAAAUUUUACUCUCCAUAGCUAAGGCUUGCCACUGGACUUAAGAACACACCAAAGACAGCCACUCAUUUAUAAAUCCAAACCAUCUUUGCUCCCACCAAACAUUUCCUGAGAACUUUUCAGUUCAUCUUUAAGACCACAGAUGCACUGAUCUUGAGUGGUCCAGGCAAGGCAUCAAGGGCCAUCAUCCCUCUGGCUUUUGGCUAAAUGACCUUUGACCUCUGUCCUUCCCAUAAACCCUGUUACUGUGUGUAAGACAUGCUUUAUGGCUACCCCAUCCUUUUGCCUUUGUAACAUGCUGUAUUAUUUUGUCUUUUCUGAUGGACAUGAAACCGCAAACUACAAAAGAGUAAAGUGAUUGUGAUAAAAACACCCACUGCUGCGGGGAUUUGGUAUUUUAAUGGUGUGACUCUGGCUGAAUAAAAUCUUCUCGCUGCAUCUUAAA